AUGUUCUGCUUCACCCAGUGUUACACAUUUCGGGACUACAAGACUUGUGUGGGGGGGUGGCGCGGGGUGGGCGCCGAUCUUUGGAAACAAAAGGUUUCGGCUCGGGGCCGAGAGACCCAACCUCACCGUGGAGUUCGGUCCCAAAGCGCCCCGGUGCCCUGCUCAGGAAGCCCAGGCCGCCGCCCCUACCUCCCUCAUCUCCGCCUUCCCCUGGGACACCCGAUGCCCAAUCCAGCAAAGAAAGAAGUGUCAGGCCCCAAGAGGGCGGCUGAUACGCGCUCGGGCCGGGACCGCGACACCUGCGAGGCGCGGCACCUGAGGGCGAAGAGGGGGCCGCCCGGCCUGCCUCGAGCACACCCCCUCGGGCGCCGGGUGCUAUGCCGCGGCCGGAACCUCCGUACCUGCGAGGCCCGCGAGCUACAGGCGCGCGCGGCGCCUCCUCAUCUCAGUGGCUCCCGCUCCCCCUCCGCCUCCCGCUGCCGCCGUCACCGCCGCCGCCGCUGGAGGCCAGGACACGACGAGCUCAGGGCUCCACCGCCAUGUCCGCCGCGCCGCGAACUGCAUUGGGAGAGCGGCGGGAGGACCCCUUAUUUGCCUGCGGAGGCCGGGGUCGCGGGCACUGCCGCCCUUAGGUCUGGUUCCUGGGUUGUGGACUUCCCCGCGGAGGCCCCCAAGCGUGAAGAGGGCCCGAAAGCCAACCCCCAGGGGUCGGAAACCCCGGCCUUGGACGUGCACCUCCGGCCUGUGUACUGA